GGGAUGGAUCGUGCUCUGGAUCAUCACCGCUCCACAUCGAUGCCCGCCGGUCCUAUGCAUGGCCGGUCACGGUCUGUCAACAGAGGAAUGCCGGGUAACCGAGGACCUGGAUACCACUCUUUGGACCGAGAGGGCUACGAUCGAGAAUUCAUGCCCAUUCGUGAGCCACGUGAACGCUCUCUAGACAGAGAUUUUGGCCCUGGCUCCUACGGAGGGCCUUAUGGGCGUCGGGAGCGCAGUCUGGAUCGACAUGACCCAUUACUCAAUCCCGACGAUGGACUCUAUAACAGCCGUGAUAUUGGUCUUCGGGACCCCAUGUUGAGUGGGGGCCCCUUGGGGGUCCGAGGGACGAGAUUGUCUCCCAAUCCUCCGCCUGGCAUGGGUCGGGAUCCCUACUUAGCUGAAUUACAACACACCCACUCGGAACUUCAACGCGACCUGGCCAACCUGAAGAAGGAGCUCGAGCUCACCAACCAGAAACUGGGCUCCAGCAUGCACAGUAUUAAAACCUUCUGGAGCCCGGAGCUCAAGAAAGAGCGGGCCUUGAGAAAAGAAGAGUCUGCCAAGUACAGUCUCAUCAACGAUCAGCUCAAGCUGUUGAACUCGGAAAAUCAGAAACAAGCCAUGUUGGUCCGACAGCUGGAAGAAGAAGUGGUCAAGAAUCGGCAACACGCAAAGGAGACAAAUCCAGAGAUCAAGGCCCAUAUUGAGGCCUUGCAGAUAGAGAACGACCAUUUGACUCGAGAGGUGGCCAUCCUGAAAGAAACAAUCAAGGAGCUGGAAACACGCAUCGAAACUCAAAAACAAACUCUUCAAGCACGUGACGAAAGCAUCAAGAAACUGCUUGAAAUGCUUCAAAGCAAAGGAGAAGGCAAAGAGGAAGAAGCUCGUGUUCAUCAACAUAUGCACGUGGUUGCUCAAAGACAGCUGGAGGACAUGCGACAUGAGUUGCACAGGAAAGAACAAGAGCUUGUCCAAUGCGGAGCAAAAAUGAAGACCGUGGAAGAGCAACAUGCGGAUUAUCAAAAGCACAUUGCGGUGCUCAAGGAAUCCCUCAUCGCCAAGGAGGAACAUUACAACAUGCUCCAGAUAGACGUGGAUGAAUUGAGAGGUAAAUUGGAAGAGAAGAACAAAAUGAUUGAGAAGAAAACUCAAGCGGCCUUGACAGCCACCCAAGACAAAAACCGCAUCGCCAAUGAAAUCAGUGAGCUCCGCGAUCAGGUCGAUAUCAAGGACAGGAAAGUCAAUGUUCUUCAACGAAAGAUUGAGAACUUGGAGGAUUUGCUAAAAGAGAAGGAUAAUCAGGUGGAACUGGCUCGAUCCAAAUUGAACGCCAUUCAAGCUCAGACUUACACCUCUGAAGGCACAUUAACCAGUCUAGAGGAGGCCCUUAACGACCGUGAUAAGCAGAUCAACCAGCUCAGAGACCAGCGUGACCGUGCUGAGAAAGACAUCAAAGAGGAGAAGGAGCUGCAUGAGCGAGAGAUCACCGAUUUCAAGAUGAAACUUCACACCCUCGAGUCUGAAGUGGAGAAGCUCCAAGUGCGCCUGGACAAGUCGUACUCCGAAAAGGAUAAGUUGGAGGCUAAAUUGGAGAACUCUCAGUCAGAAUUGGGCAAAUCCAAGGCCGAAUUGGAAAAGGCCCAUGGCGACACUUCCACGCGCUACUCCGACUACAACGAUUGGCGCCAGAAAUUCACACGCGCCGAACUGGAGAUUGAAAGAUUAAGAACUGAUAAUGACCGCUUACACCUCGAGUUAGAGCGCAUGAGUCGAGAAGCAAGGGAUCCACGAGAUCCACGGGAUCCACGAGAUCCACGGGAUCCACGAGAUCCACGGGAUCCAAGAGAUCCACGGGAUCCGCGAGAUCCGCGUGAGACCAGAGAUCCGUAUCUGAGCGAUAGAGAUCGCCGAAGCCGAUCCCCGGAUCCAAGCUUUGUCGCCCGAAAUGCCAUUGAGAUUGCAGAGCUCCAGGACAAGCUGGAAAAGACCCAAACCGAAUUACGACGUGCCCAAGCAGAACUCAGACUCAACCAAAGCGAUUACGAUCGAUCCCACGUGGAAUUGGAACAAAUGCAGGAGAAGAUCGAAAAAUCUCAAGGUGAAAUCUAUCGUCUUCGGGCCAAAUUGGAAAGCACGCAAACCGAGAAUGAUAAUCUUCAAGACGAGCUAGAGAAAAUGCAACAGGCCUUGAACCGAUCCUACGCUGACAGAGAUAAGAUAGUUUCCGAUAUUGACAAACUUCGAGAGGACUUAGAACGUUCACAGGCAUCAGCGGGCAAAUACCAGUUGCAACAAGAGAAGACUCAACAAGCCCUGGAGAAGACGCAGUCUGACUUCGAUCGCUUGCAAGAGAAAUUCGAGCGUGCUCAGAAUGAUUCCCGACGAAUGCAAGCCGAUAAGGAGAAGUUACUUUAUGAAUUGGAUAAUCUUCAGUCCCAAUUGGAAAAGGCCCAGGUGAAUUCCACUCGAAUGCAGACUGAGCGCGAGGAUUACCAAAUGGACCUGGAUCGCCACCGGGAGAAGUGCGAUAAACUACAGACGGCGCUUUUGAGAGCACAGAGUGAUAAGGAAAAAGUCGAAACGGAUCUGCUACAGCAACGCGAACGUGCCACCAUCAUGGAGGGACAAGUCCAGAAGGGCCAAAAGGACAGGGAGACCUUGCAGAACGAAAUGGAGAUCUUGCUAGACAGGAUCAACAAACUCUCUGAUAUGCUGGACAAGUCUCGGCGCGAGAAAGAAGAAACCAUGUUGGAGUUGGAUACUGCGAAAGAUCGUUUGGAGAUGUCUCAAGCCGCUCACAACCGGUCCGUGGAAGAUAAGGAGAUCACUCACAAAGAGUUGGAACGUCUUUUGGAAAAAUACGACAGAGCUCAAGGAGAUGUCUAUCGACUUCAACAGAAGUUGGAUCUGGCUCAAAGUGAGCAGGACCGAAUGGCCAUGGAAGUUGAUAAAUCCAAUAUUCUGAACUCGAAACACAAAGACGAUCACAAGAAGCUCCAAGAUGAGUUCCAUUCCUUACAAGAGCUAUACGACAGAACGUCCAUGCAGCUCUCCAGGGCCAAGGAGAACGAAAGCAAGUUCAAGGAUGAUUACGAUCGAACCAGUUAUGAUUUGAACAUUACUCGCGAAAGACUGGACAAGGCCCAAGCGGAGCUCUCGAAGGUGCGAGCUGACAAAGAGAAGGUGGCCACCGAGUGCGAGAAGCUCUCCUAUGAAUUGGAAAGAACCUCUACCCAGCACUCCAAGGCUCAUUCCAGCUUAGAAAAGACUCAAGAAGAGGUAGCACGAUUGCAGGUCGAAUUGGAAAAGUUCCAUGAUCGACACGAUAAGGCUCACAUGGAGCUCCGAAAGGCUCAAGCCGAUGGUGAAAGCUAUCGUCAAGAUGCAGCCCAACUGCAAUUAGAAGUCGAGCGAUUCGCGGCCCGGAUGGGCAAAUACCAGGACACGGAAGAACGUCUCAAUGAUGAGAUGUACAAAUGCCGCCAUGAGACUGAGCUCUACAAGGAAAAGAUGGAAAAAUUGACCCAAGAUUGCGAGUUCCUCAAGUCAGCCCGGGACAAACACGAGACGGACAUGUCCAGACUCCGAGCGGAAUUGGACAAGGUCGAGUCCAUUCGAACUCGAGCUCAAUUGGAACAGGAGAAGGCUCAUUCCGAAGUGACUGCAGUCCAAGCUGAGGUGAAGAAAUGGCAAGACAAAUAUGAGAAGGCCGUGAAGGACCUUCAAUUGAAGGACUCUGCCCUUCAUCGAGUGGAAGUGGAACUCGAUCGAACCCGAAACGAUCUUGAUCGAGCGAAGAUCGCUGUGGAGAAAGCGGGCACAUCACGGCAAGCCUAUGAGGGCCAAAUCACUCAAUUGGAGCGGGAUGUGGCCUCAUGGAAGGAUAAACAGGCCAAGGCUCAGGCCGAAGUCAGCGAGGUCGAGCUUAGAUUUGACCAGAUUGAGACGGAAAAUGCUCGUCUCCGGUUCCAAUUACAAGAAAUUGAAGCCCAGCGAGACAAGAUGGUGCGCACCAGCCAAGAAAUGGAACGCCAAGAGGACAAGUUCAACGUCGAAAUGGACCGAGUGAAGGAUAAAUUAGACCGAACACAAUUGCAAUAUGAAAAGGCUAAGGCUGAUAAGGAGAGCAUCGAACUGAAUGCCCUGAAACUGAGCCGUGACCUUGAGAAGGUUCAAUUCGAAUUAAAAGAACUCCGUGACCUUAGGGGCAUGGAAGAUAUGAGAGGUGCCAAGGAGCGGCACGACACCGAUCGACUCCAAAGGGAGUUGGAUGACCUUCACGAGCGGUUUGAUCGAGCGCAGAUCCAAAUCAAACACCUGACUGAGGAUAAGGACAAAUUCGAAAUUGAGUCGCGAAAGUAUCGCAAUCAGUUGGAUCAUGCCCGAAACUCCUUGGACCAAUCCUACGAGAAUGAGACCAAACUCCGUCAAGAGUCCGAUCAGUGCAAGAAAGAAAUGAUUCGGGCCCAAGACAAGUUGGAACAAACCGAGGCUGAGCUUCGCCGCCUGAAUAGGGAACGUGAUCAAUUUAAUCAGGACCGACUGAAUCGAGACUCUGACAUUGACAAAUUCGAAAUGGAGAUCUCCCAGUUGGGCUCCGAGCGUGACCAGUUGGUCCGACAAUUAGAAAAAUCCCAGGACAUGCUUUUGUCCUUCCAACAAGACCUCAAUUUGACCGAGAAUGAACUCAAGCGUGUGACUGCCGAGAAUCGACGGCUUAAAGACGAAUCUGAUAAGUCUGAGCGGGGCAUUCUGGACAGCAAGGAAAAGGAGAUCCGAAAUCUCAACGACAAAAUCCGAGCCCUUGAAUUCGAUUACGACGAUGCUCUCCAGAAGCACGCCAGAGAGAAAAUCAAGGCCGACAAAGCAGAGCGAGACAUUGUCAUGCUCCAGUCCAAAAUCGAUCAGCUCGAGACCGACAUCAAAACCCGACGACGCGAAAGCACCUCCAAUGAUAACACUGCCAAAUAUGACACGGAAAUCGCUCGACUCACCAAGGAGCGCGAUAUGGCCCGCACCGAACUCGACGUUUGCAAGCAUGACCUCAACAACAUCGAGGUUGAACUCAGGAGAGCUAAGGAUGAGAAUGGGAGGCUACGAACUGAAGCUGAAAAAAUGAGCAAUGGUAUUGAGAAAGGCUCCAAGGAAAUCCUCGAGGCCAAGGAACGAGAAAUUCAGAAACUGACCGAUAGGGUUGGAGCCCUGGAGAAGGAGGUGGAAUCACUCAAGAAGGAGAAAUCCUCCCUCGAAAAGCAGAAGGUUGACUUGGAGAAAUCUCUCAAGGAAAGCGGAAACGCAGACGCUGCCAACCUGGCUGAGAAGGAGAAGAAGAUCACAGAUCUGUCCGAACAAAUCAAGGUCUACAAGAAUGAGAUUGCGGACAAAACCAAAGAGUUCCAACACGAGAAGCAAGAACUCCAGAAGGUUAUCGAUGAACAAAAGGAACAGAUUAAAAAGGGUGGGGGAUCCUCGAUCCCUCCGGAUGUGGAAAAAGUCUCUCAAGAGCUGACCAAAGCCAAAAAGGAAGUCCAAGAGGCGGCCAUUGAAAAAGAACGGUUCCAGAGCCAAUUGGAGAUGUUGGUCCAAGAACUGGAACAGAAGCAGAUCGACUUGCAUGAGGCCAACCAGCGUUUGGCCAAAGGUGGUAGUAGCCCCGCAUCUGGGGCGCCUAAUCUGCCUCAAAACCAGGAAUUGACCAACCUCAAGAAAACCAUUGACCAACAGAAAAAGAAUUUGGAGGAGCUCAAAUUGAAACUUGAGCAAAAAGAUAAGACGGUCAAUGAGCUUGACUCAAAACUAAAGAAAGGCGGCGCUCCUAAUAAUGAAAACCACGCAAAACUCAUGAAGGAACUCGUUGAUGCUCAGGAUGUUAUCAAAAAGUCCAAACAAGAGAAUGACAGAUUGCUCCAACUGGUCAAGACAUCCCAAGAGGAGCAAACUCUCAAAGAGAAGCUGAUCCAGGAGCUCCAAGAGAAACAAAAGCAGUUGGCGGCACAAAAAGCCUCAGGAACGGCAAGUGGGCCGCCACUGGGCUCCCCCGGGCCAGCUGGACGUGGUGAUGGUAGAGGUCGAGGCCGAGGGAGAGGUCGAGGAGGGGGACGAGGCGGAGGACCGCCUCCACCACAGCAGCAAGGACCUCCAGGAGCGACCAAUCCAGGUGAGGUUAAGGCUGCUCCAUCGCCUGCCGUUCCCCAAGCAAUCAAGCCUGUGGCCAAUGCAACGCCCAAUUCAACCCAGAAUGCUCAAAAGCCACCAGCAGCUGUGGCUGCAGCAGCAGGAGCUCCUGCCCCCGCACAACAGCCUCCGCCCAAGUCUCAGACCACUGCGGGACCAAAUUCAGCUGGUGCCACACCCAAAACAAAUGGAGCUAAUGGAGUGCCACCAACCUCCAAACCUGCCACUGCCAAACCUCCCGUCAAAGCUCAAACUAAUCCUCUCCCCAACAAUACACAAGCUAAACCAGUUGCCCAAGCUCCUCAGGCUGCCAAACCCGCCGGUCCCGUGGCUGCCCAAGCCAAGCAACCAGCGUCCAAUGCGGUAGCUGCAACAAAACCAGCGGCUCCUGGUCCAGCCAAACCUGCUGGAAAUGUCGCAACCAAGCAGGCAGCCCCUGGUGCAAAACCGGUGCAAGGUGGUCCUACCAAACCUGCGGCUCAAGGUGCAGCCAAGCCAGCCGCUCCAGGAGCUGCAAAACCGCCAGGAGGGCAGCCUGCAGCGGCUAAGGCUCAGGGGCAGCCGGGUGCGAAGCCUGCACCCAAGCCUGCUCAAGGAGCACCAGCUGCUGCGAAACCUGCAGCCAAUGCUCCACCAGGCGCGGCUAAGACUGGCCAGAAGCCAGGUGUUCCAGCACAGGGUGCCAAUGGAGACCCUAAUGAUCCAAUGCCCAAUGUCAGCUGUGGGUAUGGACGAAGAGAUUCCACGUCCCAUCAUAUGGGUGAGGACAUCAGCAUUGUUAUAAGCGACCUCUCAAGUUUACCUGUGGAAGAAGAAGAUCGGGAUCAAGAGCACUCCGAGACUUUGAUAAACCGCUUGGAGGAGCUGGUGGGUGAAUUGGAGGAAGAGAUCGUGAAGCGUAAUUCUUGGAUCCUUUUCCUGGGUGUUCAGAAAUCCGAGCCUUCAUUGGAGAACUUCAAUCCCAACAGCUUCGUUCAGGGUCUUCAUUCGAUUUAUCACUCGUUGGACAACCUCAAGGAGAUCGUACACAAGUAUGAGGCUCACAUUUCUAAGCAAUUUGCCGAGAUCUGCGAGAGGGAAAGUGUGGUCGAUUCCAAAGAAGUGCAAAUCCAGUCUGUGGUGAAGGACAACGGCAGACUUCUGAAGAAACUUCAGAUCUACCAACAAGAGAUCACGCGUCUCAUGGAAGUGGGCCAACCAGAAGAUCGACAGAGUGAGAUAACCAAAAUCCUGGACGAAAAAGACGACAAAAUCUUUGAAUUGGAAGACUUCCUGAACAUGAGACAUGAGGCGUCCGACCACGGCCAUGUCCCAGAGGGAGACCUUUAUGAAAAGAUCAUGCGUUUGGAGCAAAGACUCCAAAGGGCAAACAGCAAUGGCCAAUCUGCGGAUAUGGAUGUGUACAUGAGGAAGUUGGAACGUCAUAAUUAUUUUCUCGAGGGUCAACGCUCCUCUCUCCACUCUGAAAUUGACAACCUUAGAACGGAACUGAUUCUAGCCAAAAUCAAGGAAAAAGAAGUGUUCAUUGGGUGGAUGGAUCUGCACCCCAAAUUACACGAAAACUGCCCAGAUCUGGCUAAGUUCUUGAGCUCCCUCAAUCAAGAGUGCAAACGUCUACGCAAGACCCUCAUCCAGCACACGCAUCAGAUGUCCACGGACUCGGAUAAUGAGCUUAAGUUGUUCCCUGGUCGGGCCAGCAUCUCUUUGCUUGAACGUGAAUUCUCCCAAGACAUUGACGAUGACUCCUCAGAUGUGUUCUCCACUUGUUCCCAACAGAGUCUGAGCCACUCUCCAGUUCCUUAUGAAGAGUCCGGUUCCAAAAAAUCCUGCUUGCCCCACUCUCCGUUUCUCCAUCCUUCCGUGUCAAGUUAUGAAUACCUCCAUAGAUUGCCAGAAAGUCAAGACACCGUGAAGAAUCCUCGUAAUCGGCAUUUCUCUUUCUCAUAGAUGUCGUCGUGAUCUUUUUCCUCCACAUCUCAUAUCAUAUCCUAAAUCCUCUUCCUGAGUCUAUUCAAGUCUCGUUCUCAAUUGUCUCUUUCACUCGGGGUCAAUUUAGCUUGUUUUUACUGAUGAAUGAAAGGACCAGACUAAAGGAAUCGGCCUCCAUUUCCCCUCUUGACUCCUUUUGAGAAUACUCGAGCUAUAACGUCAUUAUUUGACGGCUAGGCGUGGAUGAAAGAAAUACUUACACUCUCACAGACACACCAGACAGAAUAAUCAUUAGGUAGCCCAAAGAACUGUUACGUUUGCACAUCAUUAUUACAUUCAUGAUGAUAGGUCCCAGUUGUUGUCUACUACUUUUGUCUUUGCAUCAUCAUUGCUCUAUCAUUAUUAUUGUGAUUAUAAUUAUCAUUAUGAGUAUUAUUGCUAUUAACUAUUAACCAUGCGUGAAUGUUUAUCAUGAACAAAGCUAUUGCGAAUAACCUUACAUACGUCUCCUUAAUCCUCUAAAAGCUAUUGGUCUCUUUCUCCACUUGUCAACAUCACCACCCUCACUCAAUAUUAUCCUCAAUAAUAACUACUCUCAUUAUUAUCCUCUUUAUUAUUACGGCUUUGGGCCAUGGGAAUGUCAUGGCCUGUUCAUUAUCAUUAUUAUUGCUGAUAUCAAACUACCGGACGCUCUUGUUGAUUAAAUAUCAAACUCAAGUUUUGAUGUACUAACAACUCCCUUACUUUUUACUAUCUAAACUUCUCCAACAAGAAUAGAACAACUAAUACUAUUAUUAUUACAAGAACAACAACAAACAAUCCCUAUAAUCACUAUGUACGAAUUGAAAUGUUAUGAAUAAAUUUAUUUCUGCUGAAGUUCAA